AUGAAGCCCGUUCUCAUCAUCGUCCCGAACGUCCAGGUUGGCAGGACGCCGCUGUUAUUGGCCGUCCUAUACGGGCGCGAGGCCGUCGUGCGGCUGCUCCUCGACCGCGACGCCAACACCGAGGCAACGGACGAAUGGGGCAGAACGUCUCUAUUGUGGGCUAUUGAGAAGGGGGACGAGGCUGUCGUGCAACUGCUCCUCAACCACGGCGCCAACACCGAGGCGGCAGACAAAUGGGGCAGGACGUCACUGUUAACGGGCGCGAAGCCAUCGUGCGGCUGCUGCAAACCUAUCCUCGCGAACGCAGUUGAAGCCGAAUCGGAAUCAUUCGACGUCGUUGGGUUGAGCGCUGUCGAGAAACAUCGAAACGCGCUACGUGGCACUAGCACUAGCACGAUCCACCGCAUGGCGACUCUGCGCACAUCCCGACGCGAUGGAUCUCAGGCCAGAUUCGACGUCCGUCACCGUCGCGAGGGAGGUGGUGGUAGCGAGCGUUAA